UCGGACAUUGUUGCCGUGACAGUAUAUUGUUUAAUUCAGAGAAAAAUAGCAAGAAAAAGACGAAUUUGGGUACAUCCUAUUGUCAGCCAAAGGUUACUAAAAGGUGCAUUUGUAACCCUAUAUUCGGAGUUGAGGGAGCAUCCAAGGAAAUUUUUUAAUUACUUUCGGAUGAGUACUACGACCUUCGACGAAUUGAAUGUAAAACUAGAAUUCAAGUUGAUCCAUAAAAAUGUAGUUAGGCUAUCUAUAUCGGCGACCGAACGACUGUGUGUUGCUCUCAGAUAUUUGGCAAGUGGCAACACAUUUACAGAUUUACGUUAUACAUAUCGACUGGGCAUUUCAACUAUCAGCACUGUUGUGGAAGAAGUUAGUAUCGUUAUUUGGACUUUGCUCAAGGAUGAAUGUAUGGGAAUACCAAGUACUAAAAAAUGGGAAAACAUUUCCAUGGAAUUUGAAGAGCUCGCAAAUUUUCCCAAUUGUAUUGGGGCCGUCGACGGCAAACAUAUCAGAAUUAUUAAGCCGACAAAAAGUGGCUCUCUCUUCUUCAAUUAUAAGCAUUUCUUCUCAGUCCUUUUAUUAGCCGUUUGUGACCGAAUUAUUGCUUUACUUAUGUCGAUGUUGGAGCAUAUGGAAAGUUUUCUGAUUCAACAGUAUUCAAAAAAGGUCCGUUUUGGCAAAAACUUCAAAAGGAUUCAUUAAAUAUCCCAAAAGGAAAACCUUUACCAAAAUAAAAUAUUGCUCAACCUUAUGUCAUAGUAGGUGAUGAAGCCUUUCCGCUGACAAAAAAUUUACUACGUCCAUAUGCACGAAAGAAUCUGAAUUACAAAAAAAAAAUAUUCAACUAUAGGUUAACCCGUGCUAAAAGAUUUAUCAAAUGUACCUUCGAGAUAUUAUCAAAGAAAUGGCGAAUUUUUCACAGACCAUUGAAUGUGAGUUUACGCCUUUCAAAAAAAAUAAUUAAAGUCUGCUGCAUUCUGCACAAUUUUGUUCAUGUGAGAGAUGGUUUCAAGUUUGAAGAUACAUUAACAAUUCAUGGAUUUCGCGAUUCCACAUACAGAAUACCACAAAGUUCUACUAUAAACACAACAAGAGAUGCUUUUGCCAAUUAUUUUGUAGGCAGUGGAAAAGUGGUUUGGCAAUAAAGUAAAAUAAAUUAGCAUACAAUAUGGUGUACCUAUCUAAAUAAACUAAAUA